AUGGAACAAGAUUUAUGGAAGCAAAAUGCAUCUGCUAUGGUAGAUUAUCAUGGUCAAGUUUUUGAAAUAAUUUGUCAAAGAUCUCAUGGAAGUCACGCAUUUUCGAUAUUUCAAGGCGCAAAUCCUCUUGAGUUAUCCUUCACGGUUCUUCUCUUAGAUAUGUCUAUAGUUCUUAUAUUAAGCAACAUUAUGCGCUUCCUCUUGAAGCCUCUCAAACAACCUAAAGUAAUCUCUGAUGUCCUGGCAGGCAUAAUCCUUGGACCAUCAGUGCUAGGUCACAACAAGACCUUUGCGAAGAAUGUGAUUCCAGAGAACUCAAGAUUUAUUAUUCGAAAUAUCGGGAUCAUAGGAUUCAUGUUUUUCUUGUUCUUAACAGGCGUGAAAAUGGACGUAACUGUGAUCACCAAGGUUAGAAAAAGGCUUUGGGUGAACGCAGCUGGAGGGAUACUAAUCCCCUAUAUCAUCGUACCGUCCGUGGCAUCAAUUAUUAAACGAUGCACGGACCUAGGGUUUAAUAAAGCAUCUUCCACGGGAGCUAUUGUUUCAGCUAUAAUCAUCACAGCAUUCCCAGUUAUUUACUCCGUUCUUAAAGAUAUGCAACUUUUAAGCUCGGAAAUAGGGCGUCUUGCCUUAACAAUUUCGAUCAUUGGCGACGUGUUCGGGUUAAGUAUGAUUGUUACAUUUGAAGCAUUGAAGCAAGGUGAAAAAAAAAUGAUAUAUGUGUUGUAUUACUUGUUAACACUAGUUGGGGUUUGGAUUGUUAAGAGAACUCCCCAAGGCAAACUCGUGGACCAAAAUUAUGUUAUUGCUACUUUAUUAGGAGUUUUUUUUAUGGGCUUCACUACGGACUUUAUUGGGGCUGCAAUUGGAAGUGGGCCUAUUUGGCUUGGGCUUGCAAUACCUGAUGGGCCUCCAAUGGGGGAAACAAUUGUCCAAAAGACUGAGGUUAUUUUGAAUGACAUUCUUAUGCCCUUUGCAUAUGCUACUAUUAGGCUUCAGACGGAUGUAUUUGAAAUGUGGGCUUAUUGGGCCUCUUUAAUUCCCGUCUUCACUUUGGUUUUUUCGGCCAUUGUUGUGAAACUUGUUGCGGUCGUUUUAGUAGCUCGAUUUAUGGAGAUGACAUAUAGAGAUUCGUUUACUUUGGGUUUCAUGCUCAGCCUACGAGGUGAAUCGGAGUUUUUUCUAUGUCUUCAUUGGAUGGAUUUAAAGAUCAUAAAAACGCCGUCUUUCUCAUUGAUAGUGACUUUGAUAAUCUUAAUGACAAGCAUAGCUUGCCCUAUAAUCAACUACCUUUAUGAUCCAACAAGACCAUACUUAAUCAACAAGAAAAGAACCAUACAACACAGGGUGCAGGAGUCUGAACUUCGAAUCCUAGCAUGCAUUUACGAUCAAGAAAGUGUGGCUAACCUAUUUAGCCUUGUGGACUUCAUUAAUCCAACAACAAAUAAUCCAUUUACAAUUUUUGCUCUCCACCUUAUUGAACUCUUAGGGAGAGCCACCCCAGUGUUCAUCGACCACACAAAAUAUAAAGAUGUGUAUAGAGACAACAACAAUGAGGCCGUUCACAAAGCCAUCAAUCACUAUGAAAAGGCUCAUAGGGAUUGCAUUACGAUGAACUUUUUUACAAGUGUUACACCUAAUCGGACCAUGUACCGAGAUAUUUGUGAGAUUGCUUUGUCGAACAAGGUAGAACUUAUUAUUUUACCCUUCCAUAAGAAAUGUAUUGAAAAUAGGUAUGAUUUUUCAACUGCCGUACGUAGGGUAGGGGUACAAUCUACUAAUGCUAAUACGUUGUCCCAUGCACCAUGCUCCGUGGGAAUUUUAGCAUGUAAGAAUAAUGCUGCUCCAUGGGGGACACUCCCAACUCGAAUAAGCUACCGCGUAAACUGCGUGUUUGCACUAUUGUUCCUAGGAGGGCCUGAUGCUCGUGAGGCGCUUUCGUUGGUGAGUCGCAUGGUGGAACAUCCUAACGUGUCGUUGAUCGUGGUUCGAUUCUUGGCAAAUGAGUAUGAAGGGUAUGAGAAGUCGGAGAGAAAGAUGGAUGAUGGGGUGAUUACUUGGUUUUGGGUUAAAAAUGAAAAGAAUGACAAAGUAGUGUACAAGGAAGUUGUUGUGCGCAAUGGUUUUGACACUGUUUUAGCCAUCAAAUUGUUAAAUGACAGUGCUCCUAUAGAUCUUUGGAUUACAGGGAGGAACAAUGGGAUUAAUCCAAUUUUAAUAGAGGGUUUAUUAGAAUGGAGUGAAAAUCCUGAAUUAGGAUUAUUAGGUGAUUUUUUGAUGUCAUUGGACUCGGGAUCUGUAUUGAUAGUUCAACAACAAGUGUUAAGAAAUCAACGUGUUAGUCCUUGA